UGUUGUACUAAUAUAAAAAGUUCUGUACAAACCGUGUUAGCAAAUACACAGACUGGAAUAAGAAAGGAAAGAGUCUGUGAUAAGAUAAUUAAAGUGAAAGAAAAAAAAAGACAUUGUAUGGAGUUGUAACGAGAGAAAUGGGAGUUGGAGGCACACUGGAGUACUUGUCUGAUCUAAUGGGUAGUGGGUACCAGCAGAGGAAGAAAAAGAAGAAGCAGUUUCAGACGGUGGAGUUGAAGGUGAGGAUGGAUUGUGAUGGGUGUGAGCUUAAGGUCAAGAACGCCCUCUCUUCGCUCAGCGGAGUGAAAUCUGUAGAGAUAAACCGUAAACAGCAGAAAGUGACGGUAAGUGGGUAUGUUGAAGCAAACAAGGUGUUGAAGAAGGCGAAGUCAACAGGGAAAAAGGCUGAGAUUUGGCCGUAUGUGCCAUACAACUUGGUGGCACAUCCAUAUGCAGUUGCAGCUUAUGAUAAGAAGGCUCCUCCUGGUUAUGUGAGGAGAGUGGAGGUUCCUGCUAACACUGGAACAAUCACAAGAUAUGAAGACCCUUACGUCACCAUGUUCAGUGAUGAAAACCCAAAUGCCUGCUCUAUCGUGUAGACAGAACAUAUGUCUGUCUUUUCGCACAGCAUUGUAAAUUUUCAAAUUUUAAUGCAGUGUUUUUGUCUUUUGCGUUUUUUUUUUAA